UCGAAAACUGCAGAUCGGGAAGAAAGAACAAAAAAAGUAGAUUUACUGCCACCUUGUGGUCAUAAAUUUAACCUUUUUUUUUUUUUUUUAAUUUAUUUAUUUUGAAAGAGAGUGAGAGCGAGCAGGAGUGGGGAAUGGGUGGAGAGAGAGAGAGAGAGAGAGAGAGAGAGAGAGAGAGAGAGAGAACGCCAAACAGGCUUUACACUGUCAGCACGGAACCCAAUGCGGGGCUUGAACUCACUACCUGAACUGAGAUCAAGAGUCGGAUGCGUAACCAGCUCAGCCACCCAGGUGCCCCUAACCUUGCCUUGAAGCAAAAUGCGGGAAGGAAAACUCAAGAGAAGGUCGGAAUGAUUAAAUGGAGAGAAGAGUGUGAGUGGGGGAGGGCAGAGAGAGAGAGAGGAAGACACAGAAUCCAGGCUCCAGGCUCCGAGCUGUCAGCACAGAGCCUGAGAUCAUAGAGCCCAUGUCAGACGCUUAACCCUUGACCAACUGAGCCACCCAGGUGCCCCAAACUCUGUAAUCUUCGAACAGUGACUCCAGUGAUGUCCUCUAGGUCCAGAAGUCUGACCUAGCACAGAGCAUGGAAAGGAGGCAACAGACACCCAGUCCGUGAUCCUGGAGAAGCGGUUCAGCCCCCAUGGUGAUGCAAGCCCAGGCCGUGACAGCCUCUGCCCUGGUGUAUUUCAUCCAGCUUCCUCGGGCAAGAUGUGAGGAGAACUGUGUGAGUCCUGAACAUUGCCUGACCACAGAUUGGGUACAUCUCUGGUAUAUAUGGUUGCUGGUGGUCAUUGGCGGGCUGCUGCUUCUGUGUGGCCUGACUUCUGUGUGCUUCCGCUGCUGUCUGAGUCGCCAACAAAACGGGGAAGAGGAGGGCCGGCCUCCCUAUGAAGUGACAGUCCUCGCUUUUGAUCAUGACAGCACUCUCCAGAGCACUAUCACUUCCUUGCAGUCGGUAUUUGGCCCUGCAGCUCGAAGAAUCCUGGCUGUGGCUCACUCCCACAGCCCCCUGGGCCAACUGCCUCCCUCUUUGGACACCCUCCCAGGGUAUGAAGAAGCUCUUCACAUGAGUCGCUUCACCGUUGCAAGGUGUUGGCCAAAAACACCUGACCUACCCCCAGUGCCAGAAGAAAAGCAGCUGUCUCCAGUGGACGAGUCUCCUCGGGCAGGACCCUCUUCCAACUGAUGGGAAUUCUGAUUUUAUAAAUGGGGUGGGGGGAUCCCCAGCAUAGCCACAGACAGACAAAUGGGACAUUUUUUCCCCCUAACUUUUAGAAGAUUUAGGAUGACGACUAUACACUAUUCAGUGGAAAGGAUGGCUUCCCACUCUUUGUUUCCAGCCACAUGUAUUUUCUAACACGGAAUGCUCUAACUGGGAACUCUAAUUCUUUAUCCAGUGGCCAGAAUUUGCAACUAACCUCUAGCAAUGCUGACUACUCCUGAACCAAGAAAGCAUCAAAAGUACCUUGAAUGCCUAUAGCUAUUGAGUUCCUUUGCCUAUGGGAUACUGCAGGUGGUUUUUCUUUCUGCCAGCUGUAACGCAAGAGUAGAUUGUGGUACAUUUGAGGAGAAAGACAAGAGUGUAGGCACAGCCAUAGACAUGAAUGCACUGAAGCCGUGAAUUCUUCCUCUUGAGAGAACAUUCACUUUUCUACUGAAUGCCAGUGACACUCUUGGCAUCAUAAUACCUAAUACCUAAGUGGACCCAGGUAAUCGUAAUACCUAAGUGGACAUUCAGGAUCCAGGGGUAGGAUUGCAGACACGGGCUAAGGGAACAGAGUACAUACGGUACCCAAGUGCCGAAUAUCAAGGUCUUUCCUUCACCCUGGUCCUACUCUCUAGCAAUAUGAGAAACUUCAUGGAGUGCAGUAACACUUUCUAUUAAUUUCUCAGUGUUUCUGCCUUGCAAACACAUGCACGCACACGCGCGCGCGCGUGCACGCCUGCACAGACACACGCAGUCUUUUCUCAAAGAAUGGCAUUGUUUGGCUUCUUUUCUCUUUCUGGCCGACCCCUUAAAGCCAGGUUAUCUGUAGUGACCCACACUAGUCUCUAGGAGUGGCCUUCACUGCCACCUCGUGGCCAUGGUAGAAAAUGUCGUCUCCUAUUUGAGCCGAUCUGCACCCCUCUCCAGUUCUUGGAGUAACUAACUGAACUCAGCCCGGAUGGCAUCCUGCCGUGUCGUGCUAAGCUGUCCGCCUGAAAUACUACUGGACAAUUGGGGAUAUGAUGUAUUGUUACUGGACAGCUGAGAAAGUAAAGUGUAUUGGGGAAAAAUUACUUGCCAGUGACCUUAGAUAAAUCAUUGAAAAUCUUUAAAGGAGUUUCCUUACCUGUAAAAUAGGGGAUAAUAACACCUCCAAGGAUUGUUGCGAGGCUCAAAUAA